AUGUCGCACCACAUCAAGAUCCGUGACCUGCGCGAGAAGAGCAAGGAUGACAUGCUGAAGCAGCUCACUGAGUUCAAGAAGGAGCUCUCGCAGCUCCGUGUGACGCAGCAGCUCAACACGGCUGGUGCUCGCGUGGGCCGCAUCCGCAUCAUCCGCAAGAGCAUCGCCCGCAUUCUGACGGUUCUCAACCAGAACGAGCGCGAGAACCUCCGCAAGUUCUACUCGGAGAAGAAGCUGCGCUCAAGCAAGCCCAAGGCGCUGCGUGAGAAGCUGACGCACCGCCGCCGCCUGGCGCUGAAGGACAACGAGAAGAACCGCAAGACUCGCCGUCAGAUCCGCAUGGCCCAGAAGUUCCCCAAGCGUGUCUACGCCGUGAAGAUUUAA